UGAAAUAUAGGGCUCCUUUUCCUUAUAAACCCUAAUCACAACUAUCCUCCAGCAAACCCUAAUCUUCAGGAAUUACAAUGUUUGGCUGCAGAACCUUAUUAAAGCAGAUUAAAAAGAGAAAAAGAAGAAAACUCCCCCGCAAAUCUUUAUCCAAAAACUCCAAACAAAAACCUCAAGAUUUAGACAGAUUUAGCUUAAAGGGCCAAAACUAUGGAGUUCAACCAUUGGGUAACUUUUAUUUAUCCUCGUCUCCACGCAAUUCAAGAAACACAGGCUUAGGUAAUAUCCAAAAACUUACCGAUGAACUUGUUCUUGAUAUUUUAAGCCUUUUAGAUGGGACCCAUUUGGGCAUUUUGUCAACUGUUAGCAAAUCUUUUUAUGUGUUUUGUAAUCAUGAACCCCUUUGGAGGAAUCUUGUUUUGGAGAAUAAUGAUGAUGGGUUUCUGUUUAGAGGGUCUUGGAAGUCGACUUUUGUUUCGGGGUUUAAGCCGUGUUUUGAUGUCGAAAAGAUUGGAACUUUAGGGUUUAAGGUGAAAGAUUUUUACUCUGAUUAUAUGUUUCAAAGUUGGCUUUGUGCUAAUCUUGAAAUGAAAGAUGAAUGGUUGGCAAAAGAUAAUAUUGUUAGGAGAAAAGGGAUUUCGGUUGAGGAGUUUGUGUCGAAGUUUGAGGAACCGAAUAAGCCGGUUUUGUUAGAAGGGUGUUUGGAUAAUUGGCCUGCAUUGGAGAAAUGGGAUAGGGAUUAUUUAGUUGAGGUUUGUGGAGAUGCUCGGUUUGCAGUUGGGCCGGUGCAAAUGAAAUUGGAUGAUUACUUUCUGUAUUCUGAUCAAGCACGAGAAGAGAGACCGUUGUAUCUUUUUGACCCAAUAUUUGCAGAUAAAGUUCCGAAAUUGGAUCAAGAUUAUGAUGUUCCAAUUUAUUUUAAUGAGGACUUGUUUGGUGUUUUGGGUAAUGCGAGACCCGAUUAUAGAUGGAUUAUCAUUGGACCAGCAGGGUCAGGUUCUUCGUUCCAUAUUGAUCCUAAUUCGACUUCAGCCUGGAAUGCAGUGGUGAAAGGUUCAAAGAAAUGGGUUUUGUUCCCCCCUGAUGUUGUUCCACCAGGGGUGCACCCGAGCUCCGAUGGUGCUGAGGUUGCGUGUCCAGUGUCAAUAACUGAGUGGUUCAUGAACUUCUAUGAGUCGACUAAAACAUGGAAAAAGAAACCCGUGGAAUGUGUAUGCAAAGCUGGUGAAGUUAUCUUUGUCCCAAACGGUUGGUGGCAUUUGGUUAUAAACCUUGAAGAUUCCAUUGCCAUUACACAGAAUUUUGUUAGCAGGAGGAAUUUGUUAAACGUGCUUGAUUUUUUAAAACGACCUAAUGCCAGCACACUUGUUUCUGGAACUAGAGAUCGGGUGAAUCUACAUGACAAGUUCAAGAAAGCCAUUGAAGCUGCUUUCCCUGGAACCAUUGAUGACUUGGUGCAGAAAGCCGAGAAGAAAAAAGCUGAGCAAGAGAAACCGUCUUUUUGGGAUUCAGUCAAGGACUCCAGUUCGGGUGGUUUCAAGUUUUCUUUUUAGAGAUAUGUUGUUGAGCUAUCACAUUGUCUCUUAUAUGUUUCUUUUAAAUUAUGAGUUAAAGAACCUUGCCAAGAAGGCAAAUAUGGAUACAUUCUUAACUUUGUAAUCUUUUUAAAAUUUUAAUACAACAUUUCAUUGCUUGAAUGAUA